GGUGAUAAACUAGGUGUAUGUGGUGAUCAAACACGUGGCGUGGUAAGAUGAAAGCGACCAUUGGUAAGUGGCAACCCAGGUGAGGCUGUAGCAAAUCCACCACACCACAUCUCUCCAUCCAAACAUGGCCACCGGACCGGCCCUUUUCUCCGACAUCGGCAAAAAAGCCAAAGAUCUGUUAACGAGGGAUUACAUAACGGAUCACAAGUUUUCUGUUUCUACCAUCAGUGCUACCGGAGUUGCAUUAACGUCAACUGCAACAAAAAAGGGCGGUCUUUCGACCGGAGAUGUGGGAGCAGUGUACAAGUACAAUAAUAUAUUGUUUGAUGUCAAAGUUGACACCGAAUCUAAGAUCGCUACAACAUUGACUUUCACAGAGCUUGUCCCCUCAACAAAGACCAUUGUAUCAUUCAAACUGCCUGAUUUCAAUUCCGGCAAGCUUGAUAUUCAGUACUUUCAUAACCAUGCUACUUUAACAUCAGCAGUUGCUUUGACCCAAACCCCGACGGUUGACCUUACAGCUACAAUUGGUACUCCGACGUUUGUAAUCGGUGCAGAAGCCGGUUAUGAACAGUCUUCUGGGAGAUUUACCAAAUACAACGCUGGCAUAAGCGUUAACAAACCUGAUUCGAGUGCUUCCAUAAUCUUGGGCGAUAAAGGUGACGCGAUAAAGGCAUCAUUUAUACACCAUCUGGAUGAAUCGAAGAAAACCGCUGCUGUCGGGGAGAUUACUAGAAGGUUCUCGUUAAACGAGAACACCUUCACAGUUGGCGGGUCGUAUGCUGUUGAUAGUUUGACCGUGGUCAAGGCUAAGCUUAACAACCAUGGAAAGCUGGGUGCGGUGUUGCAGCAUGAGAUUCUUCCGAAAUCACUUGUGACAGUGUCUAGUGAGUUGGAAACCAAUGCUUUGGAUAAAACGCCGAAGUUUGGUUUGGCACUUGCACUCAAACCUUGAGCGAAAAAGUGCUGUUUAUUGGCGAGUUUGUGUCUUUUAGAAGUGUUAUUUUUCAACCCCCGAAACACACGGGAGCAAUCGAUCAAUAAGCAGUUGUUGCAUUAUUCGUUUUCGGUUCACUUUCUUUCAUUUCCAUUUUGAUGGAUGGUUUACAUUUUUGUGUUGACAUAAAUAGUGUUGUAAUUUUUGUUUGUUUAUAACUUGUAUGAGAUGAAAAUGUAUUGACAAUCAGUCUAUUACAUAAUCAGUCACCAUUAUUAUGAAAAA